AUGUCCAAUUCUGGAGGUACUUUGACUCUGCCUUCUCCCACUCAUCCACAUCAUCAUGUGGAUGUACCAGCUGGUAUACGCUCACUGAGAAGAUCUAUUUCUCGUUCACCUUCUAAAUUCCCUGUUAUGCGUACUGCAUCACAGAGCAGUUCUGAUGCUGGGUCUUCACCUUCCACACCAACCAUUAGACGUGUCCAGUCCCAAUAUUUUGGCCAGAACGCCUCUUUUCACUCACCUUGUGGAAAUCAACCUCACACACAAUCACCACUGGCAACACCUUUCAGGCCAAGUGUGAAAUUAUCUUUGCGCUCCGCAAAAUCUACAAAGAGCCCUGCCUCGGGCUCACCAUCAGGCAGGCCAUUUUCUCGGCAUCGUACCUCUCCAAAGAGCCCCUCCAGAAGGGCCUUAAGUCAAGCAUCUUCUACAUCUGGUAAUUCUAUUCCAUCAACAACACCCCCACCUUCUUCAUCUCUUGAAUCUCCACCCUCUGGCCAAGAAAACAUCAACAUUUUCCGCACUCGCAGUCCUGCGCAUCGAAAAGCUGCAAAUCGACACAGCAUGCAUCUCGACGUGACUGGGUCUUCCCAGUCUGGCAAUUCUCGAGCGCCCGAUGCGAAUAAUGCGAAUCAUAGCAAAACACCUUCAACUUCCGUAGUCAGCCCUCUGAAGCGUAGCGACGCUAUUAUGAAUCUCGAUCAGACUUUUUCUGGAAGUCCACAGGCGAAACGUCGUAGCUAUGGUCCUUCCAACAUAGUUACUGAUUUCAACAAUAUCUUCGACGCGCCUGCUCCACCGCCAAACCUGGAGUUCCAAAAUGAUACAGAUUACGAAUGGACACCCAUGGACUCUACUAAUAUUACCGAGUCUGCCAUAUCAACCACACCCUCGUCAACACGCAGAACCGGAUCUCUCCGAAGAUCCACUAUCCAGCAGCGGGAACGAUCAUGGGGCAAACGCUCCGGCUCUCAGCAUCUAGCCCAGGGCUCUCAUGACAUCGCAACUCCACAGCGCGAGCGACUUUCGUGGGGAAAGCGACAGGCCGCGAUGCAGCUCACACAGGGUUCUAACGAAACCGUAACGCCGAAUGGGAAGAAUCGCGGGCGACUGUCUAUGGAUCACUUCAUGCCUCCGCCUGCUCGAGAGAGUCCUUUUACUAUGCCGGGACCACUACCAAAUCCAUCAGCACACAUAUUUAACCAGCAAACUCACCAACCACAUCCGUUGUCGAACGCUAUGACGACAUCGUCAUCGUCAGGUUCGAGCUUCGCUGGCGCGUCACCGGUACAAUUUCAUGCGCCAAUUACAGAAAAGUCUAGAGCACCGAUGAAUUUCUCCAAGAGCUUACCCAUUGGUGCAGUUCGCCCACAACCUGAGAGAACUGACCAGGCCAUCGGAAGUGUUUCCACCCCAGAUUAUAAGAACGCGAGGCCGUAUGAGGGAGCUUUUGCAUCCACUGGAUUGAUAUCGAAGAUGAACCGCCACCCGGAAAUAGCCCCGUUAGGUGGCGGAUAUGGCGCCGUUCCUGAUACGCCCUGCAAGAAGCAACCAAGCGGCUAUGCGACGUAUCCGCCCCUGCCAAUGUCAGGCAAUGCUAAGACACGAGGCAGACAUAUUCGCCAUACCUUCGGUCAGCCGUCAACCCCCGGCGGUGCGACACCGAGUUGCCCGAAUAUUUUCACGGACAAGCCGCGAUCUAUUCACUUUGGCAGUGGAUUCUCGAACCAUUCCCGCACGGGAAGUCUACUUAGUUUACAUAGUGACGAUGGACGAAGCCCUUUGCAGCCAAACGAAUACACUGAAUCUGGUUUCGACGGAGAUCUCCCGCCAACGCCCACGAAGCAGACAAUGGUGCCUCGAAGCUCUAACAAAUUAGGUCUGUCUAACGAGAGUCCCACUACAAACCGAAGACUGCCGGCCCCGAUGUCUGCAGUUGGAAUGGGUACGAUAUUUCAACAAGAUACCGCAGCCAGUAGUAAGUAUAGUUCUCUGAAGCAAUCCCACAGUGAUGGAUACCCCGGUAGACAUGACGUUGCCUCAGUUCGUGACGCUCCCGAGUCACCAAUGUUUGGGCUUUGCCGGUUUCCCAUGUCCCCCGCAAUCUCACCAUCACUCAAUCGAUCCAGAGGCCAGCGCACUCUGCUUUCUACACCCGUGCCUUUUAAGAGCAACUCGAAUGUUCCCUUUGUUGAAUCUACUAGAAACCAUGAUGCUAAGAAGAGUUCCGUAACUGCAGCAAGUCCAUUGGAACGACUCGACUUCGCAGAAACGGCGUCGCCACGAACCCCACAAGCAAGCAUCAUGCCCCCCGACGCGAGCCGGCUUUCCAUCUCCAAUGCUGCGGACAACCGUUUGUUCCCCGGAACUGGUGAUCGAAACUCUUUGUUUCAACCUGCCACUCCCACUACACGACAGGAGAAGCCCUCAACAUUCCUCGAGCGACGUGCUAUUACCCCUAUUAAUGGUAUGCCCUCUCACGACCUAGAUGAGAGACUCAUGAUCCGGUUUGGCAAGGUUGAAUUUAUAGGCAAGGGCGAGUUCUCAGAAGUAUACAAAGUCACCAAUUUACCCCAGCCUGCACGAAUAACGCAAAAUGGCUUCUUCACUACCCCUACACACCGAACGCCUUCCCAUUCAUCUGCGAAGGUAUAUGCGGUCAAGAAGCUCACCCUCCCAAUUGGAGGAAAAAAGGACAGGGCGCUUCGACUUCGCGAAGUAUGUGUACUGAACUCACUGAGAGGACGUGACCAUAUCUUGCAAAUCAUCGAUAACUGGGAAGAGAACAGCUGUCUCUAUAUCCAGACUGAGUAUUGCGAAGAGGGUAGUCUUGACAAAUUUCUAUCCGUGAUCGGUCUGAGGGGCCGACUUGAUGAUUUCCGUAUUUGGAAGAUAUUGCUUGAAAUUGGCACGGGAUUGAAGCAUAUUCACGAGGCUGGGUUCAUUCAUCUCGACAUAAAGCCUGCCAACAUAUUUAUUAACUUUGAAGGCACUUUGAAGAUCGGAGAUUUCGGAUUAACAGCAAAAUUGCCAAUAGAGAAAGGUCCUGAUUUCGAAGGAGAUCGUGAAUAUCUGGCCCCUGAGGCUCUCCGAUCAGAUAUUGGCCAGCCCGCGGAUAUAUUUUCCUUCGGGUUGAUUAUGCUCGAGAUCGCAGCUAAUGUCAAACUUCCUGAAAACGGAGCAACUUGGACGGCCCUGAGAGAAGCCGACUUUGCUGAGGUACCUUGCCUCACGCAGGAUGCGACCGUGAUUAUGCGAGAUGCGACAGGAAUGCCAGUUGACGAUACGGAACGCAACCCCAGUAUAUUUUCCGAUGAGAAUGCCGCUCAAGAUGGACGCCGCGGUUUCAAUUUCCGGAACCCAUCUCGUCAAUCAGGUGACAUUUUCGGUUUGGGCCGAAAGAACGAGCUUCAACACCCGCCGGAUUUUAUGAAAGAUCCCAACCACCAAAAUUCUCUCGACACUAUCGUGAAGUGGAUGCUCUCCCCGGAUCCCAAUGCGCGACCUACUAUCCACCACUUGUUGGCCAUGGAGGCGACAAAAUGGGUAUCACUUCGUCAUCGAGCGGCUGCAACAGUUUUUGAGGGAAACUGGGGCCCCGCUGAUGAUGUUCCGGUGGUAUUGUCACUCGACACAGAAAUGACAGACGUCUAA